AUGAAUGUCUCAUUCCACUGGUCUGAUUAUGUGAUGUUUGCUUUUUGGUUAUUGAUCUAUUUGGCUGUUGGGUUGUAUCAACGAUUUCGAACACCGAUUCGCAAGCAAAUCAACCAGUGGUUUCGUCGCAAACAACAACACGAUCAGGUGAAACCGGACGAUAUAGAGACACUCCUUUUGGGCAAUCGCCAACUCACACUAUUUCCCAUCGUCUCCAGCAUAAUGGCCAGUUUUUUGUCGGCCAUAUCCCUGUUGGGCACGACCACGGAGGCUUAUGUUUACGGGAUUGAAUUCAUUUGUAUGAUACUGGCUUAUUCCAUAGCUUUCCCUUUGGCUGCUGAAAUCUACAUGCCUGUCUACUACAAACUGCGACUAACCAGCGCAUACGAGAUGAAUUCAAGCAGAACCAUAGCUCGUGUAGAUUGGUGUCGGCGAAUCCGUAACGAGGCAGUUAGAAAGCGCGUUUUCGGUUGUGCAGCGGGUACUUUCGUUGAAGAAUGUGUCCAUCACAAGAAGCUGCGUUGGUUGGGACAUGUGUUGCGUAUGCCGAACCGUCGUUUGCCGAAGAGAGAGUGCCCAUCUGAGAGUGGCGUAAACAGAUA